GGACAAUUCCCGAAUAUCUCUCGCGAAGUGCACCGCAAAAAUAGCCACAAAAGAGUUUUCUGCAUUUUUCACGCAUUUUCCGUGAUUUUCUCACAAAAUUUUCGUGAAGAGUCAACAGCUGGGCCAUGGCGGAGUACUUGGCGUCGAUUUUUGGUACAGAAAAAGACAAAGUAAAUUGCUCGUUCUACUUCAAAAUUGGGGCCUGCCGCCAUGGGGAUCGUUGCUCCAGAAUCCACAAUAAGCCGACCUUCUCACAGACUGUGCUCCUGCAGAAUCUCUACGUGAAUCCCCAGAAUUCAGCAAAAUCCGCCGAUGGGAGUCACUUGGUGGCGAAUGUGUCUGAUGAGGAGAUGCAGGAGCACUAUGACAACUUCUUCGAGGACGUCUUUGUGGAGUGCGAGGAUAAGUACGGGGAGAUUGAGGAGAUGAAUGUCUGCGACAACCUGGGGGACCACCUUGUGGGAAAUGUUUACAUAAAAUUCCGCCGCGAAGAGGAUGCCGAACGUGCUGCUAAGGACCUCAAUAAUCGCUGGUUCGGCGGGCGUCCCGUCUAUGCUGAACUUUCCCCCGUCACAGACUUCCGGGAGGCGUGCUGUCGGCAGUACGAGAUGGGGGAAUGUACCCGCUCUGGGUUCUGCAACUUCAUGCACCUCAAGCCCAUCUCGCGUGAGCUUAGGCGCUACCUGUACUCCAGGCGCCGCGGACGCUCUCGGUCACGCUCCAAAUCUCCACGUCGUCGUGAACGAUCACGCGAACGACGUCGCUCACGCAGCAGAGAUCGCGAUGGGCGCAAGGGACGGUACUGAGGGGCUCCAGGCGGAAGUUUUUGCAGCUUUGGAGACAGCACAGGUGGCGCAGAGAGGCGAAUUUUAGCUUCCCGGAUAUUUUAUUUACCCGAUAUUUCCCAAAUCUAUAUUAGAAAUCGUGUAAAAGGAUUUAAUUGUGUAAGAAAUGUCGCCUCUUCCACCUUUACAA